GGGAGAGCGAGCGAGCGAGCAAGGGAGCGAGCAGGACAGGAGCCUGAUCCCACAGCAGCUGCUCCAGCCCGCGAUGAGGAAAAGUCCAGGUCUGUCUGACUAUCUUUGGGCCUGGAUCCUCCUUCUCAGCACGUUGACUGGAAGAAGCUAUGGACAGCCAUCAUUACAAGAUGAACUUAAAGACAAUACCACUGUCUUCACCAGGAUUUUGGACAGACUCCUAGAUGGUUAUGACAAUCGCCUGAGACCAGGAUUGGGAGAGCGUGCAAUCAAGUGAAGACUGGAUAUCUUCGCCACCAGUUUUGGACCCGCUUUCAGACCAUGAGAUAUGGAAUAUACACAGAUGGUAUUUUUCCAUAAAGCUGUGAAGGAUGAAAGGUUAAAAUUUAAAGGGCCCAUGACAGUCCUCCGGUUAAAUAACCAAUGUGCAAAAAUCAAUUGACACUUUUUUUUCACAAUGGAAAAGAAGUCAGUGGCCCACAACAUGACCAUGCCUAACAAACUUCUGCUCACAGAGGAUGGCACCUUGCUGUACACCAUGAGGUUGACAGUGAGAGCUGAAUGUCCAAUGCAUUUGAGGACUUCCUAUGGAUGCCCAUGCUUGCUCACCUAAAAAUUUGGAAGCUAUGCUUAUACAAGAGCAGAAGUUGUUUAUGAAUGGACCAGAGAGCCAGCACGCUCAGUGGUUGUAGCAGAAGAUGGAUCACGUCUAAACCAGUAUGAUUCUCUCUUUGGACAAACAGUAGACUCCGGAAUUGUCCAGUCAAGUACAGGAGAAUAUGUUGUUAUGACCACUCAUUUCCACUUGAAGAGAAAGAUUGGCUACUUUGUUAUUCAAACAUACCUGCCAUGCAUAAUGACAGUGAUUCUCUCACAAGUGUCCUUCUGGCUCAACAGAGAGUCUGUACCAGCAAGAACUGUCUUUGGAGUAACAACUGUGCUCACCAUGACAACGCUAAGCAUCAGUGCCAGAAACUCCCUCCGAAGGUGGCUUAUGCAACAGCUAUGGAUUGGUUUAUUGCAGUGUGCUAUGCCUUUGUGUUCUCAGCUCUGA